GACCCAGACCUUUAAUCCUGUUUCGCAGCAGGUUUAGCAGAGGAGCGGCUGCAGCAGCCUGGAAAUGACCAUGGAGAAGAUCCUGAAGGCAGAACUGAACACCAACCUGCUGAAGGCACUGGGGAGCUCCGGGGGAGGAUGCAUCAGCCAAGGCCAAACGUAUGAGACAGACAGAGGACGGGUAUUUGUGAAAAUCAACCACAAACCUCAGGCUAGAAAAAUGUUUGAAGGGGAAAUGGCAAGUUUGGAAGCCAUUCAGAAAACCAACAUUGUGAGAGUGCCUCAGCCCAUCAAAGUGAUUGACCUGCCAGGAGGAGGAGCCAUGUUUGCCAUGGAGUACCUAAAGAUGAAGCACCUCAACAAAUACUCUUCAAAGCUGGGAGAGCAGAUAGCAGAGCUUCAUCUUCAUAACCAGAAGCUUGGAGAGAAGCUGAAGGCUGAGGGGAGCACAAUUGGAAAAGGAGCUGGUCACUCUGAGGCCCAGUUUGUGGAUAAGUUUGGAUUCCACACAGCCACUUGCUGUGGUUACAUCCCGCAGGUGAAUGAGUGGCAGAGUGACUGGCCAUCCUUCUUCAUCCGCCACCGGCUCCAGGCUCAGCUGGAUUUGAUUGAAAAGGAUUAUGGAGACAGAGAAGCCAGAGAGCUCUGGUCCCAGCUGAAACCAAAGAUUCCUGAAAUGUUCUGUGAUGUGGAAAUUGUUCCUGCUCUCCUGCACGGGGACCUGUGGGCAGGGAAUGUGGCUGAGGACGACUCUGGGCCGAUCAUAUUUGACCCUGCCUGCUUCUAUGGCCACUCAGAGUUUGAGCUGGCCAUUGCUGGCAUGUUUGGGGGCUUCAGCAGCUCUUUUUUCUCUGCCUAUCACAGUAAAAUACCCAAAGCUCCAGGGUUUGAGAAACGGAACAAGUUGUAUCAGCUCUUUAAUUACAUCAACCACUGGAACCAUUUUGGGACAGGGUACAGGGGCUCUACCCUAAACAUGAUGAGGAAACUUCUGAAGUAACCAGGUAAUCUGAGAAAUUCUGACACAGUCCCCUAGGAAUGAGCAGCCCCUGCUCAUCCCAAGUACCAAAAACUCAGAAUUGGUGGUAAAACACCUGAUAUGGGGAAGGUUUAAUGCACUUUGAGCCUCACUAACUAAAAGCAAUUGUGUAAUCUUUAACUUGGGCACUGGUUUCCCUGCACAGAUUCCUCCCUGCUGGAGGAAAGGGCUGCACUGUUUGUCAAGGCUCCAGUGGCCUGGAAAGCAGCACAGCCAGCCUGCCCUUGCUGCUCUCUCACCUCUGUGCUCUGCUCCCACAGCUGCUCCACAGCAGCAUCUUCCCAGCCCUGCUCCUGCUCCAGCUGCAGUUCGGUGUGGGGAGCUGCACUUGUGGGACAGUGCUGCUGGAAGCAAGUUCUUGUGUCUGCCCUUGUUAGUUCUGGGUUGGUUUUCUGUCUGUUCCCCCACCCUUUCUCCAUGGUCUUCUGUUUUCCCUUCCCUUCCCUUCCCUUCCCUUCCCUUCCCUUCCCUUCCCUUCCCUUCCCUUCCCUUCCCUUCCCUUCCCUUCCCUUCCCUCCUUCCCUUCCCUUCCUUCCCUUCCCUUCCUCCUUCCCUUCCCUUCCCUUCCCUUCCCUUCCCUUCCCUUCCCUUCCCUUCCCUUCCCUUCCCUUCCCCCUGUCAAAUGUCCUAAUCCAAAAUUUCAGUCAGAUUCUGUGAAUCUGAAAACAUUCUCUGUUUAAUUUAAUGAGCAGACAAGGCCCUUUGGCUGCAUUUGGCAAACAGAUGUAAUUAAUAAUAUUUCUAAUAUUUAUUUUAAUUUAAUGUAAUUUACUCACAUUCAUUUUUUCCCUUGCUAGAAGAACUGAAAUUCCAGUGGUAUUUUCUAGAAGGAUAUUUAGUUCCUUGGUAAUUAACUGUACAGUCAGAAGUAGGUUAUUACCACUCAAAGUUGAUAAUAGGAUUUCAUCAUUUUAGUGUGAUAUUUGUGUGUUGUACUACAAUAGUAACAUAUUUAAAUAAUUUUGUAAAAACACAGCAAAAUGUGGGAGGGAGGUGGCUGGGUGAGAGGAAGCACCUGUGGCUGCUGGGUUGGUUGGUGCUUGAUGUAUUUUCAAUUUUAGAAAAUGAGUGCAGUGGGCAAAGCUGGUCUGUUGUGCCACCACUGGGUUAUGGAAGGAAUAUCAAAAUGUCAAAUCUGAUGGAUUUGUAAGGGGUUUUAUUGUUCCUUACUGCUUUAUUUUUACAGAAAACACAGGCAGUGGGAAUUUGGGGAGAAAAGUGUUCAGCAAAGACACUGGUGCACAAUCUGAGCUAGGGUACAUUAGUGACUCUGGGGGAUUUUAGUGGAAGUAGCAAGAAGAGCAAAAGUAAGUGCAGUCCCAUAAAUAUGAAUUAGAAGAUUUGGGUAAGAAUGACCUGAGUAUUCACACUUCAGAUGGUUGGCAUGACUAAUACAAAAAUAUUACAUUCAAAAUUGCUCAGAUAUACUUAGACUUUCCUUAACUUUAAAUGGUUGUGCUAUAAAGAUUUAAUUAAGUUUAAAAUUUGAUGUUGUAAUUGGUUUUAAACAAUGCACUUUGCUCUCUGUAAAUAUGAUACAAAUAUUGAAAAAUUUUUGCUUCCUUUGAAUCGGGGGAAUCUGUCACGGUUGGUUAUAAAACUUAACAGAACUAAAAGAGUGGAAAAGAACUAAAACAGUGGAAAAUUGGAGCAGUAGAAUUUGGGAUUGUAGCUGAUGGCUGGAAGAUCUAGGUCUGAUCCAAGUGCACUGGUGUUUAUGGAUAUGAACAAACCAACCUGUAUCACACUGGGAACUACUUGUGAACUUAAAUUUCUUCUCAAAUAAAACACUUGCCUUGCAGAAACCCUG